AAGUAUUGCCUGGGGCUUUUAUCCUACAUUGCAAUGUAUACUGGGCAAAAAUAUAAAUGCAACAUGUAGAGUGUUUGGUCCCACAUGAUCCAUGAGAUGAAAUAAAAGAUCCCCAAAUUUUCCAUAUGCACACAAAAAGCUUAUUUCUCUCCAAUUGUGUGCAAAAAUGAGUUCACAUCCCUGUUAGUGAGCAUUUCUACUUUGCCAAGAUAAUCCAUCCACCUCACAGGUAUCAAGAAGCUGAUUAAACAGCAUGAUCAUUACACAGAUUCACCUUGUAAUGAACACAAUGCCACAAAUAUCUCAAGUUGAGGGAAGAGGGCAAUUGGCAUGCUCACUGCAGGAAUGUCCACCAGAGCUGUUGUCAGAGAAUUUAAUGUUCAUUUCUCUAGCAUAGGCCGCCUCCAACGUCGUUUUAGAGAAUUUGGCUGUAGGUCCAACUGAUCCCAAGUGGGUGGGCCUAUGCCCUCCCAAGUGGGUGGGCCUAUGCCGUCCCAAGUGGGUGGGCCUAUGCCGUCCCAAGUGGGUGGGCCUAUGCCGUCCCAAGUGGGUGGGCCUAUGCCGUCCCAAGUGGGUGGGCCUGGCUCCCAAGUGGGUGGGCCUAUGCCCUCCCAAGCCAACCCAUGGCUACGCCCCUGCCCAGUCAUGUGAAAUCCAUAGAUUAGGGUCUUAAUUCAUUUAUUUAAAUGGACUGAUUUCCAUAUAUUGAACUGUAACUCUGUAAAAUCAUUGAAAUUGUCGCAUGUUGACUGUAUAUUUUUGUUCAGUAUAUAUUUGAGCAAUGUUUAUUUGAAAUAGAUUAUAUGCAUGCAUUAUGCUUGAUCAUAAAACGAAUUACGCAACCUGCAGAACCUCUCUAUGAUGUGUUUAUUGACAGGUAGCGGGUAGUUAAUUAGCCAUGGGGUAUAGUCCACCACAGGAUGGCGAUAAAAUAUUCCCCACGGUUUUCAUAGCUCACCAACCGCUGCCUCCACUCACUUUCUUUCACAGCUACUCAAGAUGGCGGCAGCUUCCUCCAUCCAGCCGCCGAGCGUUCACUCUUUAAACCAUGCAAACGCACCUUUCCUGGAUUCUGACAGCCCGGAGACCCGCCAGGAUGAGGACGCAGUUUCCGAGGGGACCAGUCUCCGAGACUUACCCGAUUUGGAACCGGAGGAGAUUGAGAAGAGGCUGGAGAAAACUCGCCACGAGUUGAGCAACAGGAGGAAAAUCCUCAUUAAAAACCUGCCACAAGAUACGACCAACCAGGAGGUCCAUGAGAUUCUGAGAGAGUACGAGCUCAAGUACUGCUUUGUGGACCGCAACAAAGGGACAGCGUUUGUGACCCUGCUGAACGGUGACCAGGCUCAGGGUGCCAUACGCUCCCUCCACCAGAGCAACAUGCGUGGCCGAGACAUCACGGUGCAGCUCCAGCCCACCGACUCCCUGCUGUGCCUCACCAACCUGCCCCACACCUUCACCGCCCAGCAGCUGGAGGAGCUGGUCCGUUCCUACGGAAACAUCGAGCGCUGCUUCCUGGUCUACAGCGAGCUCACCGGACACUCCAAGGGCUACGGCUUCGUGGAGUACAUGAAGAAGGACUCGGCGUCGCGGGCGCGGUCGGAGCUGCUGGGGCGACCGCAGGGGGACCGCGCGGUCAUGAUCCAGUGGACAGACGUGAACCAGCUGACCGCGGGUCACCACCUCCACUCUAAGUGCCUCUGUGUGGACCGGCUGCCCCAGGAGUACGAGUCAGAGGAGUUGAACCUGCUGUUCUCGGAGCGCUACAAGCCUGUCUUCUGCCAGCUGGCCCAGGACGAGGGCAGCCCGGUGCGUGGCUUCGGGGUGGUGGAGUAUGAGAGUGCAGAGCAGGCGGAGGCCGUUCUGAUAGAGAUGGACAAAACACUGGUGGGAGGACAGGAGAUCCGUCUGUCUCUCUGCACCCCCGGAACCUCAGGCAGGAGCACAUUGGCCGCUCUCAUAGCUGCUCAGGGCGUGAUGUUGAGUAGUAAAAAGGGCUUACUGCCGGAGCCCAACCUGGCCCAGCUACUGAACAGCAUGACCAACCCAGCAGCCCUACAGGUCCUCAUGAGGCCCUACCACACUGGGAAACGAGGAGGGAAGUACGGGCGGCACCCCAGCCUUUCUCCGUUCCUCAGACCCCCCCUCACAGCAGCCCUGCUACAACUGGGGAAGGUACAGCAGGGUGCCAUGUUGGGGAACGGGCUGGUUCUGCAGAACCUCCUGCACAUGCAGCUGGCCCAGCAGCAGCUCUUACACAUCAAAGACAAGCACAUCAGCAAUGUAUCCAGUCUGCUGGGUGACCCUUCUCGUCUCCUCCUACAGAAAGCCCUGGGUCUCAGACCUCCAGCCCACAUGACCUUGGGCAAAGGUCUGCUGGGUGACUCCCCCAUCGAGUUGGGUCAGGAGUCGAUGCCAGCGUCCAGUCAGGCCACGGUGUCAGCAGCGGGCAUGAUGCCCUACCUGCGGGCACACCUGGGUAUAGCCGGGGGAGGGGAGCUGAACGGGGCCUGCAUCUCCACCGCAGCCUCUGACAGGCAGCCAGCGCCUCCUGGGACCACGAUGCACGUUCAGCACCAGGGACAGAGCUACUCACUGGGAAUGAGCAGCCCGGGGCUGGGCCCCCCUCCACCCAAAGCCCCAGGAGCCCACCAGCUCGGCCAAUACAGCCACAGUAGCACCGAAGCUAGUGGAGCUCCCAGCUGUCAUAUCUCUCUUCUGGGUGAACCUCCUAAAGAGAUGAAGCUGCCCUCCAACCCCUACCUGAAUCUAGCUAGUGUGUUACCUGGCAUGGUAAUGCAAGCCCCGGCGGUCGGUAAAACGCAGGCAGGACAGCCUCUGGCUGGGAUGUACAGCAGUGCUAUGCCACCUGUCUCCCAACCCUCCACCUCUCACGCCCCAGCGCCCUACAGCACAGAUACCUCUGCAGACUACAGCCAUUACAGCCAGGCAUACUCACAGGAGGCCAUUCAGCAGUGGUACCAGCACUACCAAGCACAAGCCCAGAGCUACAGCACCGCCCCCCAGGAGAGCCAAGCUGUGGACUACACCAAGGAGCACACACAGCAGCAGGCGGCGCCGUCCUAUGGGGAUUACAGCUCCUACAUGCAGGCUGUCAAUCAGUACUAUUCUCAGCCUCCCGUGACCCAGCCACCUCCCCAGGCUUACCAGAACAGAGAACCCACCAAGGAGGCUGACGUGUGUAAGCCGCUGGGUGUGUCUCUACAUGCGGUCAGUAACAGUGGUGCCCAGUCGGUGCUGCCAGCCUACAGCUCCAUCCCUAUGAUGCCAGGCUUCAUGACCGUGCCACCUCCCUCCACACACACACUCCCACCCAGCCCUGUCACACACACUCAGAGUGCCCACGCCCAAGCGGCCAGCGAAUGGAACCAGUAUUACUAUAAUCAGGCUCGGGGGCAGAAGCGGGAGUACCCUCACUUGGCAGUGCAGAAUAUGACAUCAGAGGGCGUGUAUGUGGGGCAGCACUCCCAGGGGCUAGGGGGGCAGUACGCUGACUACUUCAAGAAGAAGAGGAUCUAGAGAUGACCUAUGACCCCCCCGGCCUCCCUCUCCCUGACCUCCUGCACCCAAACUCCUAACCCCUAACAGUACAUACACACAGUCUCGGGUUUAGUGUUGUACGACUUUGGUAAACACACACACCGUUAUGUCGCUUUUGUCCUUUUUCAAGCCUUAAUUCUCAACUAUUACUCUCUUCUCAGUUGAUGUGUAACUGUUUAUUGACUAAUAAUCUGUACAUUGUUUGUAAUGUAUAUAUGAGCUGCUUUUGUAUUUUAUGGCCAAUCAGUCAGUCUGCCUUGUUGAAGGCCAGUCACUGUAUAGUCGGGUCUCUCUCUCUCUCUCUGUUGUUAUCUCUCUGUGUCUUUCUUCAAGUGGGGGAAACUGUACAUCGUUGCUUUAAUGCCUUGCUGUAACUGACGUGUUCUCUUCCUCGGUGUCUUUCUCUUUUUCUGACUGCCUCAGUGUCUCUUUUUAUCUCUCUUCGCGGAGACCUUGACUUGGCGCGUGUGUGUGUGUGUAUGUGCGUGCGUAUUUGUUGUGCCGUGCGGUAAGCGUAGGAGUGAUCAGCCAUUCCCAGGGUACAAGGCCGUCGGGUCUACCCUGGAAACUCAGAGACACAGGAAGGGGGACAUCCAAUCACUGCUCUUAACCUUUAACAAUGGACACUAACCCUAACGUAGCAGGUGUAAAAGAAACGGCUGAAACUAGAUCCUCUACAUACUGGUCUUGAUGAGAAGAAGAAGAAAAAACUGUUGGGAGGUUCUCUUCUGCACUGUUCAACCAAUCCAGUAAAUGUGGAGGAGGAGUUAAGAUGGGAGUGUUUCGCAGGUGGCGCCUUGUUAACAUGCAAAAGUGGAAGUCCCGGCUCUCUUUCCAUUUCCCCUGAAAACCGGAACAUCCGUUUGUUGGGGACUCGGCCUAAUGGACACUUACAAAGGCUGGGCUGGUCUACUAGCAAAUGAAUGGACACCUAAACGUGGUAUCUUAUAGCCAUUAGAAUAGUCGCCGAGUGGACACUUCUUUGUGCCCAUAUAGUUAUGUAUUAUAACUUGCUUGUAGAUGGACACUUACUAGGCCUUCAUAUGGUCCUGUGUUUGUGAUAGCUACAGGUUUGAAACCUUCCUGUUUAUAAUGGCUGUUGUUUUCUGUAGGGGCCAUGGAACAGUGGCUCAGUCGCUAAACGCAAUAAGGUACGCAGGAGGACGACUCCUAGGUUGUCCCAGGUUCUUCUCUUCUUUACCCACUGUUUUUAUGUUUUAAAUGCGGUGGACUUUUCAGGAACGGGAAGGACUCUGGAGAGACAAAUACACCAACCGACACUUUAAUACCGCUUAAUAAGCUGCCAUUAGAAAUGAAACCCCAAAACAGAAAGAUUCAGGAGAGGAGCCAUGUUGAAUUAUCUCAGAGAUGUUGUGGACUCCAGGGUUGGAGUCAAUUCUAUUUUGAGUCUGUCAAUUCAGGAAUGUAAAAGCCAGAAGUAGGUCAUAAUAAAUCAGCAAUGAAUCUAAUUUCAAUUCAUCCCCUUAAGACUCAUGUGGUACAGUGCAAGUGAAAAGGUCCUGAACCCAACCCUGGUGAUCUGACAGAGGGGGCGCUAGGGGUAUGAAGGCCCCAGGAAAGAGUAUGGAUGAGUGCUAAGUGUUGGCACAGGUAUUCAGCCUGAGACCCAGGCAAUAACGACAACUACUGCACCAACAAAUAUCACAAUGCCAACAAGAGGGCGUUACCUCUCUGCUAUAAUAAAUCAAAUCUGCCCAUCUCUUGAUUUAUCUCUUUUCACCUUUCUUCCUGUCCUUUUCUCUUGUUAUAUGCUCUCUAAUCUGUCUGUUUUCAUCCUCCACUCUUGUUAUAUGCUCUCUAAUCUGUCUGUUUUCAUCCUCCACUCUUGUUAUAUGCUCUCUAAUCUGUCUGUUUUCAUCCUCCACUCUUGUUAUAUGCUCUCUAAUCUGUCUGUUUUCAUCCUCCACUCUUGUUAUAUGCUCUCUAAUCUGUCU